AUUAAUCGGGAAAUACUCGAGAAAUACUCGAGAAAAGUACGAAUACAGUAAAACUGCACUUAAGUACAGGGCUUGAGUAAAUGUACUUGGUGACUUUCCACCGCUGACUUUUACUGAUGCAACAUUUUAACUUGUAAUGGAGUAUUUACAGGCAAUGGAUGACAGACAGCUGGUGGUUGAGUGCAGACUGACAAGCAGCCCUGUUAUGAAUCACGGAGAGGGCGACGGUGCGUAAACGCAGCGUGGCCGAGCAGUGCAGCGUGUACACCUGCACGGACCUCUGCCUGAGCGAGUACGUUGGCUCGAAACCGGGGGACGUCGCCCAGCCUCCGCCUCUCGGCUAAACUCCACCUGGGACAGAGGGCUGCGGUUACUCAACAACAGCCAUGAGCAAGCCAUAGGUUAGCUGCUUCCGGGAAACAACCUUCACACAGCUCCUCAGACACCAAGAAGUGAUGCCCAUCAAAGUGUUCGGACCAAAACCCCUUGCUUACGUUGCUUAAAAAGAGCCAUUCAUUGCAACUUAAUGGCACUUUUUCUUCAAACCAUUUUCAACAGAAAAUCAAAAUGAAGACAUGGAGACACCAUUGUUGACUCUGGAUCAUCAUUUCACAUUCACUAUUCGAAUGGAGUCCGCUUUUGACAUGCAGACAUAGACUUAUGCGAUAUACCAGACACAGUUUCUGAGGAAAUAAGAGGACGCAUAUCUUUUGCAGAGACACUGAAGUUUUGGACUGAGCUCCCUCAGCCAAUGGCUACAGUAGAAACCAAAGUUGCUGGCAACAGCAGCGCAGCAGGUCUCUCGUGGGCGCGGGUGUGCAAGGAGUGUGGCCAGCAGCAUGAGGGCCAGGACAGCCACCUGUACGAGUACCAGGACGAGGUGGACGAUGAGCUGGUUUGCCACAUCUGUCUGCAGCCCCUACUCAGACCUAUGGACACUCCUUGUGGCCACACUUACUGCUUUCAUUGUCUGAGCAACUUCUUGAAAGAGCAGGACUUCUGCCCUGUGGACCGCCAGCGGCUGCAGUUACAGCAGUGCCGUCCCUCGAGCCUGCUGGUCAGGAACCUGCUGGACAAGCUGACUGUGAUGUGCCCUUACUAUGAAGAGUGCCAACAACAGAUGCAGCGCUGUGAACUGCAACCCCAUCUGCACAACAGAUGUCCUGUUUUUAGAAGACUGAGGGAAGAAGCAGAAAAGAGGAAGAGGCCCUCGUGGAACGAGUUAAAGGGACGUAAGGGUGACGGGGAGUCGUCUGGUGAUGCUAAACAUUCCGCAGCGCUGUCUCGAAAUCCUAACCGGGACCAGCCUGAGCCUGGGCUGAUUAAUCCUGCCUAUGAGGAAAGCGAGGAUGACAACACCCCUCUGCGGUCCAGUCUGGUGGCCGAGGCCAACAUUGUGGAGCUGUUCAGAGAGGAGCCGGAGGAGGAGCUGGGCUUUCGCAUUGUGGGGGGGAAAGACACACCGCUGGGGAACAUAGUCAUCCAGGAGAUUCUCCGGGACUCGCUAGCAGGUCGUGAUGGCAGACUGGCCCCAGGGGACCAUAUCUUAGAGGUGAAUGAUGUCAGCUUGGCCUCAGUCCCCCAUGCCCGGGCCAUCGCAGUGCUGCGGCAGCCUUCCCUCCUCAGACUCACUGUUAUGCAGGAGAAAGGCUUCAAAUCAAGGGAUCCGCGAUCUGAUCAUCAUGCUUCCUCCUCCACCGCCUCCACUGCCUCCCAGCCCUCUCACAGUCCCCAAGGCAGCGCUACCUCCGGUCACAACCCCGGCACAGUCUUGCAGGUGACGCUGAUGAAGAGUCAGCGCAGCGAACCGCUCGGCAUCAAACUCAUCCGCAAAUCGGAUGAGAGUGGGGUUUUCAUCCUGGACUUGCUGUCUGGUGGUUUGGCAGCCAAAGACGGAAAACUGAGGAACAAUGACAAAGUGCUGGCCAUUAAUGGACAUGACCUGAGGCACGGUACACCUGAGAGCGCUGCCCAGAUCAUACAGGCCAGUGAGGUGCGUGUCAACUUUGUGGUAAUGAGACCUGCGGAGACUCAGGAGGAAGGAGGAAGCAGCAGAGAGGGACAUCACAGCAGAACAGCCAGGAGGGCGCCUGAGCCACAGUACUUUAGACGCCGGUCCACCUACAUGAAGGAUCCUCCAGGUGGGUUUUCCAGCCAGGAGAAGACUGUGAGCCUGAAGAAGGAGCCUCGGCUUUCCCUGGGCAUCACCAUUGCUGGGGGGAGGGACUGUCGCAGCCGCCUGCCUGUUUACAUCACGAGUGUGCAGCCUGUCGGCUGUCUGCACCGAGACGGCACCAUCCAAAGAGGUGACAUUCUGCUGAGCAUCAAUGGUGUCGAUCUGACCCAGCUGACCUACAAUGAAGCAGUUUCCGUGCUGAAGGCUCAGACAGCUCAGUCCCAGGUGGUGCUCCGUGUCAUCCAGACCCUCUCCGAGGACUCGGAGGAGGAAACCGAGGCCGCCAACAAGGACGAACUGGACCCUGUGGAUGAUCUGCGAGAUGACACCCUCAACUGGACGCCGCUGUGGACCCGCUGGUUGGGAUUACCCAGUCACAUGCACUGGUGCCGGGACAUCGUCCUGCAGAAGACCAACAAUGAGAGCUGGGGCUUCAGUAUUGUCGGGGGCUACGAGGAGAGCCACGGCCAGCAGCCUUUCUUCAUCAAAACCAUUGUGCCUGGUACACCUGCUCACUUUGACGGACGCCUCAAGUGCGGUGACGAGAUCGUGGCGGUGAACGGAGCCACAACGGUGGGAAUGAAUAACUCAUCUCUCAUCCCCAUGCUCAAGCUGCAGAAGAAUAAAGUCACACUGACUGUGGUAUCCUGGCCUGGCAGUCUAGUGUAGAAAACACACACCCACACACACACAGACACACACAUUCACUCUCUCCUUCCUUUCUCUGAGAGACACACACACACACACACACUUGGCCCUGUUCAGCUGCUUUCUUGACUGGGCCACUCACUGUCCCAUCCAUGUGUCACUCAUUGUUUGGUCAGGUUCUUGUUGAGGCUUUUUUAUCAGUUACAUUACACAGAACAUGUGUGUACAUUACAACCAUCUUGUGUGCAGUGGUGCGUGUUUGUCUCGGUGUUUGGUGUGCUCACAGGGCAGUUUAAUCAGGGUGCAAAAAUGAUGACAAUCACAGUGAAUCAUAUGCUAAGGACAACCCGGAAGGGUUGUUAUUUUUUGGAACAAUUUUUUGAUCCUCCUCUGAAGCUUUAUCUAUAUUUUUGCCUACCUGUUGGAUGAUGUUAUGAUUUAGUCAGGACUUGAUUCACGUAAUUCGCAUAAACAGCAUCCAAAGAUGAAAUGUAGAGCUUACAGUACAUGUAGACAGUUAUAACGAUGAAUCAUGGUUGACUGCAUAUAACAAAAUGGCUGCUGACUGUAUAGACCGAUGCCAAAGACAGAAAAAGCAUCCUCUCUUGUACCUGUUGUAUCAUUUGUGAUUUUUAUCAACUUUAUAUACAUUGCACUUUAAAAAAAGUGCAACAGAAUGAUGAAGCCAUGAUGGAAAAUCAACGCUUAGAAUGAAAUUAACAGCAACGGCCACGUUGUGUUAUAAAGAGUGAUUUCUUUUAACAGGGAGGUUGAGAAAAUGAUCCACAGUCACCUUUGGUCUGACGCUUUGAUGCUUGUGCAGAAAAGGAAGGUUCAGUUUAAAGAGUCUGAAAAAUCUGAUCUCCAUAAAAGUAAUCAUAAAAAUCUUACACUCCCGUAAACUUCUAAGGAAACCUGCAUGGACCUGCAUAGGUAGGAAACAGCUUGGGUCCAAGUUUAUUUCCUGUUAGCUCUUGAUUUUAGCAAAUGCGGCAAAAGAAAUAAACUGGGACACAUUAAUAUUGUUGUUUAAAACUGUGAUUGGGUCUAUAGAAGCGAAUAAACCUGUGAUGAAUGUUUGUUUUUUAUCAAAAUGUUGUUAAUCCAUAAACAAGACAACUUUUUAUUCAACUUUUGUUUUAUUAAUUGAUACAUAUACCAGUGCUUGUAUUUAUUUCAAAUGACACAAUGGCUCAUAUUGAUGACUUUGAUAAGCGGGUGCCCUGUAGAUGCUGAAGGACAAACCAGAAUGUAUAAUUGCCUUAAAUUGCCACUCUACCAAAAUGUGUUUCCCCUCGUUAUAUACUUUUUAUAUGAAUUCAAAGAUGAAUGGCCUGGUCCAGGCAGAUUUGUUUUACCUCGUUCUUUUUGUGUCAACACAUUCCCAGUGGCCUUUCUUGUAUCUUUAAUGAUGCACGACUUACUGAACAGUUCAGAAUAUCGUCACAGAAUCAGUUUUUGAGUCAGAGUGGCUGUGAAAUGUUACUUAUGUAUGCGUUGGCCCGUCCACUGUUCAUUAUGUUCAAUAAAAUCAAAAUAAAUCAUGUUCUUCUGUU